ACCAUUGGCUAACGAUCGCCAGAAGUUGAACACAGAACGCGUACGCAGAACGUGCUGUCUGCUGGAUAGACAUCUGCUCGUUCCUCCACGCUGUAUAUUGGUCGUUCAACAACACUACCACCACAACCAUCAUCAUGGAAACAGUGGAGGCACUUUCUUGUAACUUGCCCCUAAACGUAUCCACGGGGGAAGACGCAGCCGCGUACGAGUACAACUCCACGGAGAAGACGUUGGUCACCAUCGUAAUGCCGUGGAUCCUCGUCUUCGGUCUCAUCGGAAACUUUAGCUUCCUCUUCGUCUUGUGGCGGGUAACGUGGAUGCGGACCACGCUCAACUUUUUCCUCACCAACCUUGCGAUUGCCGACAUUGUCUUUCUGACUGUGUCCGUCUUGGAAAAGGUCGUCAGUUACGCCGUAUCACCCAUAUCCGUAGAUAAGUAUUUCAUGGGAGCAAGCGGCUGCGUUUUGGUACAUCUGGUGGUGGAUAUUUGCUAUUUCGCAUCAGUGUCUUUGGUAACGCUGGUGACUCUUGAGCGGUACUAUGCCACCUGUCGUCCGCACGUCCACCGCGAGCACAGCACGCGAGCACGGCCGGUACGUCUCGUGUCCAUUGUCUGGUUCUGCUCCUUCACCCUUGCAUGUUCGCUCAUCCCCAGUGUCUGUAAUUUCUUCACCAUCUGCUUGAGGUGGCCGAAUGAGCCGAGAUACCAAAACUAUCCCAACAUCAUGGGGAUUUGUAUUGCGCUGGAUGUUGGCGCUUGGGUGGGCGAUUUCGCCGAUUCUUUGCACUCCGUGCCUUUCGUCAUCGCAAUGAUAGUCAACAUCGUGUUCUUCAGUAUGAUCAUCCGAGCUCUGAACAGCAUGGUGGCACGCGCCCAGCGAUCAGGUUUCAGCGAUCGUAGCCAACACAUACGGGACAGGGUGAGUCGUAUGCUGGUCAUAAACGGCAUCAUAUUCUUCCUGUGUCUUGCACCUUUCCAGGUCACCACUCUGUCCCAUCUCUUCAUGCCCGAUGCGGCGAAGGACGACUUCGUGUGGACACAGGUGUGCCGAGUCCUCGUCUACAUCAACUCAGCUGUUAACCCCAUCGUGUACAACAUCACCAACCCUCGAUACCGCAAAGCCUUUCAGCAGGCUUUUACUACCAGGCGCGGCCAAAGCAAACUCAAGAACUACUUUACCAACCGGUCAAGUAACAUGGAAAUGAACAAUCGCGGCACAAACAACAGCAGGGCGACAUUCAACUCGAACGCGCAAACCUCGACACAACAGGUAAAGACUAUGGCUAGCUCCUUUUGAAACACAAAAUAAAUACACGACGAUACACACCGUGGAAACACUACAAAUUAUAAAACUCACUUGAAGGUUGACUUGGUUGUUCUGUUGUAAACGUAUUUAAAAAGGUAUUUUCAAAUAAUCUUUUGAAAAGAUUUUAUCGUCUGUGAGAAAUUUCCAAUGUAUUAUAAAGGGUUGAAAUUGGCAGCACAAAAAGUUGAUAUGAGCAAGUUGGUUAAAAAAAACCCGAAGAAUUUAGUCUUCAGAUUUAUUGCUAGCAGGCACUGCAGUCAUAUUGAGUAUACUCAACACUUUGACGUUGGAACAUUCAGAACGCAGCAAUGCCACUUUGUUGCUUUUGGCUGAAAUGGCAUUCACGUCAUUUUUUUUUUAAAUACCAGACACAAAAUGUAGCCUACUUUGUAUCUUCUGGCGACAGCCUCACAAAUUGACUAGGAAGAAUGACAUAGGAGGAGUACUACCUACUUGUGCUGUUUUACUCUUCAAGUAACCCGAUUAUGUUUACGCGAGGUGGAUGAAAGUAACACAAAAAGGGAGUGUGCGGUUUCUUUAUUUAUUAAAACAAAGAAUGAAUAGGCGAAAAUUAUAUUUAUGAUAAUUGAGCCCUACCGUUCAGCUUACAUGUAAUUUCAAUUCACAUUAUGUUUAACUGUAUAUUGAAGACGUACAUUUUUUGAGGACUGGGGCGUUUUUGAUUUUGUAUAUGGCACGGAAGUUGCAAAUUGAUGCAGUUUUUAAAACUAGUGGACCAAUUUCACAAAGAGAGUGGUAUUCUUGGGAACAUAAUUGUGAAUAGAGAUUUUAAAUAGGGCCAACUCGUGUAAAUACGUGCAGACAAAAACAUUUAUCAACGAUUACGAAAUAAAUCAAUAUUCCCUUCGCCGACGUAUAAACACUGUACGCUCAGUGAAUAUACAUUGCUUAUACGUCGGUGAAGGGUAAAAACCUAAUAUUGAUUUACGUCCACCUGACGCAAAUUCAUCUUAUAAAUAAUUACGACAAUGAAUUUAAUUAUUGUAUUGUUGUCAUUAAUUGCAAAUCUGGUGACAGUCAUGUGGAGUAAGUGUAUAUUGUGAACCUAUGAACAUUUUCGUCAAAUGUUAUAUAUGAAUUGGUCUAUUGUAUAUAACAGGAACUCUUGAAGUCAAAUUAGACAAAUUUAAUUCUCAUGUACCCUAUAGUAUUAAUCAGUAAGGGGAAAAAGCUUCGCCGACGGUGUUUGCUUAUAAUCCCAGAUCGGAAAUUUGUAUUGAUAAAAUCUAGGCACAUCACCUAACAAAAUGACACGAAAAUGUAUUCACUUUAAAACAAGCUCAUAAUUUGAUUUUUGGAUACAAAAUUCGCCAAUUCAAUUGUUUUGCUGACCGUUUAAUGGAAUGUAAUACACGUGCGAAGAAUACGACGAGACAUUACAGACGUAUGUGUUUCAACUUGACCAAUAUGACGACCGAAAUGAAACUAUCGUUGCCCAAGUGUAAGAAGCAUCGCUUGCGCAGGGUUCUUGUCAACACUUUAGGUAUAGGUUAUCACUGUUUUCCCCUUCUGGGUCCUCUGUUCUCCCCAAAAGAACAAGUGGCUGUUUUUAUGACUCGAGAGUGUAGGUGUAGCGCACUUGUAGUCAGUGUAGUGUUUUGACAUGUGGUUAGAUAUGAAUUUUCUCUGGUUGGUUUCUUAAAUGGCCAGUUCUUUUCUGUUGACUGUUUUUCAAAAAUUCUAAAAUCAAGUUCACACCAAAUCAGCAAUUUCACCAAUGAAAACUAGCUGCAUUUGUGAUAGCCGUGGAAUAAACCGUUGAGUCACUUCCCAAAUUUACCUGGGAUUCAUUAAGUCGUGUUUUUGAUGACAGACUCCGAGCGCAUUUGAAAUUAUUUCUUUGAUGUGCAUGGGCAAUGCCUUGUAGGUAUACCACUCUGUCCACUAAAUUAAUUGUCAUUAACAUUGGUAAUGUCCGUGAUGGCAAUGGCCGAUAAGUUGUUGAACCUGGCCGGCAGAGAUCAAUCGGGAUCUCACGCACAAGUGAUGAUGGAUUAAGCUUAGGAAACCUGACAGGAGAGCUCAUAUUUCAUCACUGUAAGAUGUAUGAUAUAUUGGGAAGAUGCAAGUACAUGUGAUAUAGGAACGGGUCCCGCGCAGUGUUGCUCGGAAAAGAUAUGGGCCUUAUUCGCUAGUCGGCAUAUUGAAUUGAAAGUUAGGUAAAAUCUUAAUUUGUGGAACUUGCGAGGAGAAA